UACACGUGCGUAAAUUAGGCUACAUCACUUUUGUUUUGAGCCGACAUAGCCUUUGAAUAUCAGGCUCAAGUCUGGGAGGCGGUGCGGUUCCAAAUUUAAUGCAGUCAACUUUCGUCUACACGGGCGCCGUUCCUCUUGGAAUGUGCUGGUUCUGAGACAGAGGCGGAGUUGAGGACAAAGGUUUUAUGGGAAAAACGGAGGACAUCAACAACUUUUCAACGGGACUAUAAACUAUUAAAGCUCUAGGUCUACGUUAAGGAAAACCAGUCUCUUUGUGGUGGGCCACCCCACCCCCCUGCAGCACCAUGUCCAAGUACCUGAGGCAUUUCACCACGGUGGGUGAUGACCACACAGCCCAUUGGCACAACGAGGGGCUGCAUGAGGCUAGAGAGGAGACGGGACCAGCCACAGGACAGCUGCCCCACUUACAAGUCACCUUCAGAGACUCCCUGAAGAGACUCUACAGCUCAGACAGAUUCCAGAUAGCUGUGGUAUGCCUGGUCAUCCUGGAUGCAUUCUUUGUGCUGGGCGAGCUACUGAUCGACCUGUCAAUCAUCAAGUUGGAGCAUGGGCACGUUGCCCCUCAGAUCUUCCACUACCUGAGUCUGGCUCUUCUCACCUUCUUCAUGGUGGAGCUGGCUGGAAAGCUCUUUGCCUACCGGCUGGAGUUCUUCCAUCACAAGUUUGAGGUGUUUGAUGGGCUGGUGGUGAUUGUGUCCUUCAUCCUGGACAUUGUGUAUAUCGCCAGUGAAGAUGCCUUUGACGGCAUGGGCCUCCUGAUCCUCCUCAGGCUCUGGAGGGUGGCCAGGAUCGUCAACGGAAUCCUGGUGUCUGUGAAGUCAAGGGCCGAUCGCGAAGUUCAAACGCUGAAGGAGAGCAACGAUCACCUGGUCCAGCAAGUUAACGACCUACAAGAGCACAAUGGCAAGAUGGAAAAAGAGAACAGUAAACUACGAGCUCUCCUCCGACAGCAUAAAAUUGAGUUCUGAUGCAGGAAGAGGAACAUGAUGCCAUUUUUCAUUAUCCACUUAUAGUGUCAUUGGAAUUGUUCAAUAAACAAGGCUAUAUUCUAAAUAGUGUUCACCAUC